GUAUGAAAUAAUUGAACGAUCAAAGCAACAAUCAAUUUUUCUCUAUAUUAGGCAAUGCUAUCUCUUGUACAAAUAUGUAUCUAUAAUAGAAUGUCCGAACUAUGAUUCAAAGAUGAAUUAUCUUUUGGAGUCAAGAAAAAUAUAUUUAUUUAAUUAAGUCUUACAAUAACAAAUUCAGUUUAUCAAAGAUUAAAAUAGUUUAUUGGAUAAAUAAUUUAUUUAACCUUAAAAGAAAUAGAGAAGAAAAGCAACAGAAAUUUCUAAAAUAUAUAAAUGUACCUAAUGUGAAAAAUUAUAUGGUUCAGAAGCCUCUCUAAAUCUUCAUAGUAAACUAAAACAUCCAACAAUUGAAUCAGAAUCAAAAACAUAGAUUGAACAAAGUUUUUAAAUUUGA